AAAUAGGCUCUACUUGGAUAAAUUAUUCUCAUUUUAGCGAGAAUAGAAAAAAAGGAGCGAAUAUUCCAGAAGGGGCUCUGAUUUUAGAGGAAGAAUCUCGCCCUCGCCCAUAUUGCUCGCUGCAUGUUCAAAGCAUGCAGCAGGCGCGCAGUCAUUGGUCCAUAUUGCUGUCACUAUUGUGAGCAGAUUGAGCUGAGAGCAGGCGGGGCCACCACGGAGGCUGAGGCGGAUGCUCCAGCACCAGCGACGAUUUUGGACAUCAUCGUAGGAGAAAAAAAUAAUAAUAAUAAUCAAUACAAAGGAGGCAUUUUGGUGCACUCAUUUUGGCAUUAAGUGGAACCAUCAACUAGCGAGCCGACCCGAUCCGCCGGGAGCUGUGCGUCCGGGUGUCGGGAUGCUGAGGCGGCGUGACGCUCCGCGGUCGGCAAGAGGAGAGCCGACCGCCAGCUGAUGUUAUUAUGCGGGGAAAGAGGCCCGCUGGACCGAUCCAAGAGGAACAAAGCACCGCUUCAAGCGACGUCUUGCACACUGGCAGCCGACAAUGGUGGACCCCUCCGAGGCUGAGGAGCAGACCACCGAGUCCAUCAAGCAAGCGGGCGCCUCCGCCGCGUCGCCCGGAGACCAAUGCUUGCCAGACCAGGCGGAUGGCGCCACCGCAGAGGAGGAAGGCGACGGCGGAGACUUCCAGACGCCGCCCACCGGCAGCUCUGAGCCGAGCCCCUGCCACACCGCGUCUCCGGCGGCCCCAUCACCAACACCGCUGCCUCCGGAACCUGACGGCGAUACGUCACCCAAGCUGCACCUGGAUUUGUACAACUUCGACUCCCCGGCGGCCGAGGGCAGCCGUUACGUGUUGACGAGCCCGCGUUCGCUGGAGGCUUGCGCCCGCUGCGGCGUCAAACCCGUGGAGCUGCUGUCCCGCCCGCUUUCCGACUUCGCCCGCGAGGCGCCCGGUCGCUCCAUGCGGGUGGCGACCGGUCUGUUCGAGGUCUACGAGCGGGAUCGUCAUGCCAAGCUGCGCCACUGCCGGGAGGAGCGGGAGAGGAUCGUCAGGGAGGAGAAGCGGCGGGUGAUGCAAGCGGCGGUCAACAGUUGCGGUUCGGUGUUGGAGCAGCACGAAGUCACCACUCAGCCUCCGAAACAAGAGACCUGCAGCCCAGCUUCAGAUUCAGUUUCAGCUUCUAAACCGGGACCCUCUCUCCAGUCUAAACCCACCAAAGUUGGUUCCACAGGUCCCAAGCAGUCCUCUGGCAAAACCCCACGGCCGGCGUCAGGUGGUCCUCCACCGGUAGUCCGUAAGUCUUCUGGGGGUAAGCCCUGCAACACAUUCCCCAGACCAACGCCGAAAGCCCCCAUCUUCAUCAGAGCCAAGUCAACGUUGACGCCAUCUGUGUCGAAACCGCUGAACGGCGUCGCAGGGGGUUUGUUUUCGCAGCACAACGGACACUUUCACCCCAAGGUGCGAGCGAAAAGCCACUCCAUGGAGUCCCUGCAGAGGAGGACGGAGCCUGUCUGUUCCUCCACCUCCAACACCACCACCUGCACCUCCUCAGAGUCCGGAGCCUCGUCAUACAGCUGGGAUGGGCCGCGGGACCGCUGGGCCAAAGGGUCCAGCCCCCGUGCUCGGACCCUGGCCGCGUUCAACUCCCUGAUGGGCCGCAGCCUCAGCCUGGGGGACCUGAGCCACUCGCCGCAAACCACGCAGAAGGUGGAGCGCAUCGUGAAGGAGGUGAAGCGGCGAGGCCUGAACGCCGUGUCGGAGCGUGACCGCAAGAUCGCAGCGCUGAUGCUGGCCCGGUACCAGGAGGAGGACAUCAUGAGCCACACCCGCUACGUAGCCCACCUGCAGUGGGACAGCGAGCGGAGGAUGGAGGAGCUCCGGCGGGAGCACGAUGAGCGCAACAAGCAACGGGCGGUGCAGGAGGGCCAAAGGCUGUGGCAGAUGCAGGUGUCCACGCGGCAGCAGCGGCUCAGCCGGGAGGAGCGCCGGUCGUCCGCCGCCAAGAUGCGACAAGCAGAGGAAAGCGAAAAGCAGUGGCGCGAGCUGGCGGAGCGGCAGGAGCGCCACCGCCUGCACAGGCUGCAGCAGGCGGCGCGUGAGGAGAAGCACAAGAAGUCUCUGCAGGAGCAGAACCUCAAGGCCCUAGAGGAGGAACGGGCGGCCGUGUUGGAGCAGGAGCGCCUGCUACUGAAGGAGAAGCUCACCAUGGCCGAGCUCAAGCGGCAGGAGAGGGAGCACCAGUCCCAGGAGGAGCGGCGGGGCCUGAACAAGGCAGAGCGGCGGCGCCACGCCGCCCUCAUCCAGGAGAUCACCCGCCGCGAGCAGGAGGAGUGCGAGGAAGCCAAGCGGGCGGCGCACGAGAAGCUCAGCCGAUCCCUGGAGAAUUACGAGCACAUCGUGGAGCGACGAGGCCAGGAGCUGCGGGAGAAGGCCAAGCGCGAGGAGGAGCAGAUCCUGCGAACCCGCCGGGCCGCCGAGACCCGGGAGCGGCAUCAGCAGAGGCAGCUGGAGGCCCGCGCCCGCGAGGUGGAUAAGCGGGCCCGGCAGGCGGCGCUGGUGGCCGAGGAGCGCGCCAAGGAGAAGGCCCAGCGCGCCGUGGAGAGCCGGCGGGAGAAGGAGCGGUUGCAGCGCCUCAACCGGCAACGCGUGGAGGAAGAGGAGCGGCAGCGGCGGCACGAGCUGCUGCGCUCCAUCGAGCGCAAGCUGGAGAAGAGCGAGCAGAUCUUCAAGGAGAAGCGCGCCGUGCUGGAGAGCGCUCGCUCGGUGGCACGCGCGUCCUUCCACGUGCGAGACAAAGUGCGCGAGGAAACCAACGGGCGCACCUUCGACAAGAUGGCACUGGAGGCUCAGCUCAAAGCCGGCCUGGAUGACAAAUAGGACCAGUUCUCGAAAGCUUUAACUCUCUCUCUCACCGCUCAAAAAAAACUUGUUUUUAUCCUUACGUAUCAUCAGCAACUACGGCCAUCCCUCUUUUGUGCCGCCAUCUCCAUGACAACCAAACAGACUCCUAAAGGAGAACCCCCACAGGCAGCAGGGCAGCAUUAAAGGACAGACCAAAUAAAAGAGAAAUUCUUCCGGAAAAAGACGCUCCAGGCCAGAUGAUGACUCACUAGAUGUCCUCAUCAUUCCCUCGUAUGCUCCGCCGGCCGCGCAUCAGCUAAGGGCUAAAGCCCCAUGAGAUGAUGAACCCAUUCGUCACGGGGAAAUGAAGAACUGUCAUCAAACUGCACAAACGCAAAUGAAACACGUUGAAACAUUUUUUUUUUGGGGCGGGGGGGGUGUGCAAGGAUCAAAGACAACUUUAUUA